AUGCUGGAUCAACAGCCAUUAAUCAUUAUUUUUCUAGGAGCACCUUUGAAAAAGGAUCAGGCCACAGAGCCCUCACAAACAGGCACCAUGAAGCCAGAGCAGCGUCUCUCUGUUUGCGUGCUGCUGUUGCUUUGUGCGACAUGGAGCGCAAAUGGAGGGAACAUUUUGGUGUGGUACACUGAAGGCAGCCACUGGAUUAACCUGAAGCCUGUGCUGGAGACGCUGAUCGACAGAGGACACCAGGUGAAGGUUUUGGUCCCAAGCAGCUCGAUGUUCAUGAACACCAGUGAGCCUUCUCGCUUUGGCUACGAACCCUUCAAUGUCUCUGUCCCAAUGGAGACCAUGGAGGAGUUUAUGGAGGAGUUCCUUCACUUCUCCAUGUAUGAGAUGGAUCAUAUGAACUACUUGCAGAUUUACAUCAAAUACAUGGAUCUGAUGAAGAUCGACAUGCAGUACAAUCUGAAGUAUUUGGACGGUGUCCUGAAAUCAGAAACAAUCAUGAAGAAGCUGAGGGAGGGAAACUAUGACCUUCUGCUGGCUGACCCCAUCUUCACCGGCAGUGACUUAGUAGCAGAUAUUUUGGGCAUCCCCCUGGUCUUCUCCCUGCGUUUUUCCCUAGCCCAUAACUUCGAGAGACAGUGUGCUCAGCUCCCUGCUCCACCUUCCUUUGUUCCCGGUGCUAUGAGCAAACUGACCGACAAGAUGGACUUCUCAGAGAGAGUGUGGAACUUCCUCUUCUACGCACUGCAGGACAUUGUGAUGGACCACGUUUUUUGGAAAGAACUCGAUAAAUAUUACUCCGAAGUCAAAGGAACACCCACCAGUGCCUGCGAGGUGAUGGGUAGAGCAGAUAUCUGGUUGAUGCGAACCUACUGGGAUUUUGAUUUCCCUCGUCCUUUCCUCCCCAACUUCAAGUUUGUUGGCGGGAUCCACUGCAGACCUGCUAAACCUUUACCAGAGGAUAUGGAGGAGUUUGUGCAGAGUUCUGGAGACGCUGGCAUCGUGGUCUUCACUUUGGGAUCAUUCAUCAAGAACAUUACUGCAGAGAAGGGAAACAUGAUAGCCUCAGCCCUCGCUCAGAUCCCACAAAAGGUGCUGUGGAAAUACAGCGGAGAAAAACCAGCGACUCUGGGUGUCAACACCAAACUAUACAACUGGAUCCCUCAGAAUGACCUACUGGGUCACCCCAAGACCAGAGCUUUCAUCACCCAUGGUGGCACAAAUGGGAUUUAUGAAGCCAUCUACCACGGCGUUCCCAUGGUGGGCAUCCCCAUGUUCGCUGACCAGCCAGACAACAUGGUCCAUAUUAAGGCUAAGGGCGCUGCAAUUAUCACGGACUUGAACUUCAUGAAGACGGAGGACCUGAGAGAUGCAUUAAAUACCAUCAUCAAUGACAAAUCGUACAAGGAGAAUGCCAUGAGGCUGUCCAGUAUCUACCACGACAGACCAAUGAGUCCUCGGGAUGAGGCAGUAUUCUGGAUCGAGUUCACCAUGAGAAACAAAGGAGCCGAGCACCUGAGGGUCCAGGCCCAUGAGCUCACCUGGUACCAGUAUCACAGCCUGGAUGUCCUGGCCUUCCUCCUCGCCAUCGUUCUGUUCUUCGUACUCCUCUUCAUCAAGACCUGCAGUUUCUGCUUCCGGAGGUGCUGUGGCAGAAAGGGAAAGACGAAGAGAAAGGCAGAGUAA